CCGACGCGUUCGGUAUCCAAUCUUUGCUGCGCAGAGAGUUUGAUACCGAGUCGAUCCACAGAGACAUUCCUUGGAGGCAAACACGCGCCUUACCACACACAUAAUUUAAGAGGGGCCGACGCGAAUAGCAUAGCGUACCACGUUCCACUACCUUAAUUUGCAAGCAUCUCCUUUCGUCGACGAUGAGCCAUGAAUUCUCCUUCCAUGACAACUAUCUCUUCGAGAGAUAAGGAGAGAGACUCACAAGGCGAACUGCAGCCCGAUUCUCUGACAAGCAGCUUCAGUAGUCGGCGCAUCAGAAAGGGUGGAUUCGCAUACGAUGUUCCAACUUUGACAUCGUCUGCUACCAGAAAUGAGAACGGAAUCGAAGCGCUGAGUUAUGAAGAUACAACUGCCGGCAAACCUCCCAUUCCUGUCAUCAAGGCCCCUCCACGACUUCCUCCUACCGAGACACAUCCUGCGCUGAGGAGAACCAGUCUGUCUGCUGAAGAAGAGAAGAAGCGCGACAGUGGUCUUACGACUACCACCAGAUCAGAUCCUAGAUCAAAUAGUCUUGCUGGAAGCACACUGCAAGACAAGGAGCGGGAAUUGGGCAUCGUAAUCGACUUCGACGCGAACAGUGCGCUUGCGAACACUGUGAGCCUUGCGCCCCCUAUGUCUGCAGGCGACGAAGGUUUGAGAAAGAGCGAGACGAAAUCUUCUGGUAUAGGCUCGCGAUGGAGAAAAUCUAGCAACAAGAAGAGAAAGAGUGAGGCGGAGGACUUCACCCCGCUCAGCACGCAGAUUCCCACGCAUAGCUUGAUAGAUGACGAGACUUUGGAGAGUAUACAGUUCUCAAAGCGAGGAAGUCUGAUGUUGCUGGGAGAUAGGGUCAGAUUUGGGCAUGCGCGACCAUAUGCGACUCGCAGACAACCAAGUUUCUCGAUGCUCACCUCGCCCGCCAUGAAGAUCCUUCCGGAAGACGUAGAAAAGGAGUCGCAGAAGGUGCGCUCCAUGUACGAGCAGGGCAAUAAUGUGGCGUGGGAGGACGGCCAAUAUUCCUCUCUCGCCCAAAAUAUGGCAGGUUUGACGACUGAACCCGGAAAGUUUGGCUUUCUUGCUCCUCCUCCUGGUAUCCCAUUCAACAGACCUGGUAGCACCUUAUCCGUUCGAAACGAACAUGAGCUGGCAGGUGGUAUUGAAGACUGGGAGGAUAUUGAUGGCAACGAAGUUGAUCGAUACGGCUUCAUUGACACGUCACAAAGAAGCUCCAGACCAGGAACACCCGAGCCAAGAAUCCAACGUGUGUCCACGAUGUUGCAACUUGCGUCGAACGCUCCAAGAGUGAAGAGAAAGUGGGGUCGGGCAACGACAUCAUCAGCCGCAUCACAAGGAAGUUCGCAAAAGAAGACGCCAAGCCGCAAGGUUUCCGCCAGAUCUGUUACAUCCCAGGGCUCUGACUCUUCUCAAAGAAGCGCUGGUGGUCGCAUCAAAGCUGCCUCCAAGCGCCUUCCUGGCAACAAAGACUGGAAGUUGAUUCAAACUGCAGGUGACAUGCUCACUCUUCCUCCGGGAUUAGCAGACAUCGCCGAAGAUGAAGAAGGUGGUCGCGCAGCCAAUGCCCAGAAACUCAAGGAGAUUGAGCGAGGAGAGAAAUGGAGAAAGAUGGCCAAGGUCGUCAAGUAUGGCGCAGCCGGUCAAGGCAUGCAAUUCGAGUUUGAUCCCAAGAAUCCCAAGGUCAUCGAACGUACUUGGAAGGGCAUCCCAGACAGAUGGCGCUCUGCUGUAUGGUAUUCGUUCCUAGCUACUUCAGCCGCAAAACGACAGGAUACGAUACCAGAUCAGCACCUUAUUAAUGCGUUCCAUCGCUUCCAGGUUGAGAGCUCUAGAGAGGAUGUUCAGAUCGACGUCGAUGUUCCAAGAACUAUUAACGCUCACAUCAUGUUUAGAAAACGCUACACGGGUGGUCAACGACUUCUAUUCCGCGUCUUGCAUGCAUUCUCACUCCAAUUCCCCGAGCCGGGCUAUGUUCAGGGUAUGGCUGCGCUGGCUGCUACUCUGUUGUGCUACUAUGACGAAGAAAUGGCCUUCAUCAUGAUGGUUAGAAUCUGGACUCUCCGUGGUAUGGACAAAGUCUACUCCGAUGACUUCCGUGGAUUGCGUGCAGCUCUCGACGAGUUCGAAAAGGACUGGCAAAGCAACAGCGGUAGUGGAAUCGCCAAGAAGCUCGCCGAUCUCGGCAUCAACCCAACUGACUGGGGCGUCCGCUGGUACCUAACCAUCUUCAACUACUCGAUCCCCUUCGCAGCCCAACUCCGCAUCUGGGACGUCUUCAUGCUGCUCGGAGAAAUCGAUCCUACCCAACCGUACACCGAACACCGCCCCUUCCAAGGCAGUAUCGAUAUCCUGCACGCUACGAGCGCUGCCCUGAUGGACGCUGUGAGAGAGAUCUUGAUGGACGAGGAAAGCGACUUCGAGACCGCUAUGAAGGUCAUCAUGAGCUGGAUUCCCAUCAAGGACGAAGAACUCUUGAUGAAGGUCGUUAGAGCCGAGUAUAAGCUGCACAAGAAGAGUGAUUGGACUCCUGCUCCUCCUGCUCUUGCUGAGACGGCUACAUUGCCUGCUAUGCUUUGAUUGAUUGAUUGCGCUACAACGACGAUGGCUUGGGCGGUUUACUUUUUCUGCCUUUUUUUUGCGUGGAAUAUGUUGCUUUGUUUUGUCUGGUUUAGGAGAGCUUUAUACCCCCGUG